CGGAAGUACCUGGCCGGUACCUGGCUGAUACACCCGACUCCACCACCUGGCCCGAAGGUCCUCUCGACCUGUCCCGUCCGUUAACGGGAGCAACCGGGAGCUCGGCCUCACCGCGUGGAAACCGGGACGCAGCUCGACGGCUCGUGAUAAUUAGCGCUGGUGAUAAUUAUAAUAGGCGCUAGGUGCGCGUGCCACAUCGCCGGGGGAAUCCGGAGGAUCGCCAACUCGCCCGUCGUCGUUUUCUCGCUCUUUCUCUCGGUCUGUGAAGCGCCCGGCCAGUCGUUUCAGUCCGUUUACCGUGCGUCCGACGACGAGAUUUCGACAUGGGCGCCGAGGACAAGAUGUCGGAGAAGAAUCCGGAGAUGAGGCAAACUGCCGCGAGGAUCUGUCGGGAUUACUUGCACGGCGUGUGGAAACAUAUCACGGCGGAGAACAUUAUUCUCAGCCGCAUCAGCGGUGGUCUGAGUAACUGGCUGUACAACGUCCAGCUUCCCGAGGGAACGGUCCCGGUCAGGGGAGAGCCUCGUCAGGUUUUGUUACGUCUAUACGGACAGCUGCACGGGGAGCGUGCCUUAGAGGGACUCAUCACGGAAUCCGUUAUCUUCACCUUACUGUCCGAGAGGAGACUCGGCCCCAAGCUGCACGGAGUGUUCCCUGGCGGCCGUAUAGAGGAGUACAUCCCGGCCCGGCCGUUGCUCACCAAGGAACUGGCGGAUCCGACCCUGAGUCUGCUGAUCGCGGAGAAGAUGGGGCAGAUACACACGAUGCAGAUACCAAUUAGCAAAGAGCCCACGUGGAUAUGGGACACGAUGAAUAACUGGCUCAACACGGCGACGGACAUCCUCGAGAACAGCGAGGACAUUGACAGCCGGCAGCUGGAGAACGUCAGUGCGAUCAAAUGCAUAAAUUUGGAGCACGAGAUCGAUUGGCUCAGGACAAUUGUAAUGCAACAAAAGCACCCAGUUACGUUCUGCCACAAUGACAUGCAAGAGGGAAAUAUACUCCUCCUGCAAAAUACGCGAAAGCCCAAGUUAGUACUUAUUGACUUCGAAUAUUGUUCCUACAACUAUCGAGGAUUUGAUAUCGCCAAUCAUUUCGCCGAAUGGCUGUACGACUACACAGCACCGGAAUAUCCUUUCUUUCACGAACGUUCCGCCGGUGGUGCCACGAAGGAGCAAAAGCUCAACUUCAUAAGAGCCUACCUGAAAACAUUGGGGAAAGAAGGAUCUCUUGAGGAGGAACGCAUCAUGAUGGAAGUGAGGACAUUUUCACUAGCUAGUCACUUAUUCUGGGGUCUCUGGAGCAUCGUAAACGCGAAACUUUCACAAAUACCGUUUGGCUAUUGGGAUUACGCUGGCUCCAGAUUGAAAAAUUACAUGUAUCUGAAAGAGAAAUUUCUCACCUCUGGACCACCAGUUUUGGAUGGCAGCCUGAAGAGAAAGUCUAUGGAUAUAGACUGAAAGAACAAGAUUGAAUAAGGGAAGAUGCAUUUGCAAAUUUAUAUAAUAUUUUGCUACAUAGGUAGCUAGCUUUGUUUAGCCCAUCGAUUCUAACCGAUGGUAUUAAUGAGCUCUGACAAGCGGCGAAUAACUCUUAACAGAGGGAGCACGCUAAAGUCAUUAUUUCAUACAUCGCGAAAUAAUGUAGCCCGCUACUUUUUAAUUGCAUUGUUUGCAUACGAUACACAAUGUAAGCAAGAAGAGCAAGAGUCGAGACUAAGUGGAAAGUCAAUCAUGUGAUAUAGAAUAAGCAUGUACUUAAACGUAUUGAUCUUCGUUUAGUACUUUUAACUGCGUUCAUUUAAUUGAUUUUCUAUUAGAACUGAGAGAGCUGAGUACUAAAGUGUACUUAAUUUUUUUUUUUUUUUUUUAUUUGAAAGACAAACAAAUGAUGGAAUAUUAGAACUUCGUUCUUUUUAGAGAUUGAAGUUGAAAAAGAGCUGAGUGUACAGAAUCAUGUGCUCAAAUUGUGGAAAAGUCCGUAAUGUCUGACGAUAUUGUAUAUUUAAUCUUUUUAGCUUUUACAUAUUUGUUAUAAGAUUAUAUUUUAAAUUGUUGCCAAUCAUAUUAAGUCAAACUCGUGCUUGGUUGUCUACAUGUAAUACGUAUAAAUUGUAAAUAGAAUUAACAAUAUUUGCUCUAGUAGGCUAUUUUUACUUAAAGUUGUAUAAUUCAUGUACUGUAUAAUACUAAGUAUAAGUACUUAAUAUUAUACGAAAGAGGACAGCAUUUAAUAUUCAUCACUGAUAUAGAUACCAAUGCACCAACAACUAGAAAAAUGUAUUUUCACGAAUUUCCAAAUAAAACAUUUACUUCUUGUUUC